ACGGUGUCUAAAAUACAACUGGGAAACACUCUCAAGGUAGACACAGCCUACGUACUGAUUUUUUUUGGUGCAGCUCUUCGUGCAAGAAAAGACACAAGGAAGAAGUUGAAGAAAAUGGCUUCUGCUGGGCUACAGAUGCUGGGCACAGCCCUGGGUAUCAUUGGCUGGAUCGGGGCCAUUGUGGUGUGCGCCCUCCCAAUGUGGAAGGUGACGGCGUUCAUCGGGCAGAGCAUCGUGACGGCGCAGAUCACCUGGGAGGGCAUCUGGAUGAACUGCGUGGUGCAGAGCACGGGGCAGAUGCAGUGCAAGGUGUACGACUCCAUGCUGGCACUCAGCUCCGACCUGCAGGCGGCCCGGGCCCUCACCGUCAUCUCCAUCGUGGUGGGGAUCAUGGGCAUUCUGCUGGCCGUCGCCGGGGGCAAGUGCACCAACUGCGUGGAAGACGAGGGCUCCAAGGCCAAGGUGGGCAUCGCUGCCGGCAUCACUUUCAUCGCCGCCGGGGUCCUCUGCCUGAUCCCAGUCUGCUGGACCGCACACGCCAUCAUCAGGGACUUCUACAACCCGCUGCUCGUAGAGGCGCAGAAGAGGGAGAUCGGCGCUUCCCUGUACAUCGGAUGGGGGGCCUCGGCUUUGAUGAUCAUUGGCGGGGGUCUGCUAUGCUGCAACUGCCCGCCAAAGGAUGACACCUACACUGCCAAGUACUCAGCUGCAAGAUCCACGGCCUCAGCACCCAAGGACUAUGUGUGAGAAGAGAUCCACUGGUCACAAGUUUGCAAAGCGGCUCUCUUUUGGACUUUUUUUUUUAAAAGGAAAGGAAAUUGCCACUGCUAUCUUGUUUACAUGUUCAGUAUAUAUGAUCGACAAAAGGCAGGCUGUAGGUUGCAGGAGAAAACGAAAUAACUACCAUUGAGAUGAUGUCUGCCAUUUUUUUUUUUACAUCAAUAACAUGUAAUGGUCUGAGAACAGUAGAAACUGUCUCAGAGCAGGGCAUGGACUAUCGUUAUUGUCAAAUGUUUUCAGUCGAAUUUUAAACAGAUGUGUGCUCUUUGGACUUUCCUAAACAAUGACCCAUUGUGUGUCUACAGUACAUAUUCUAAGAUUUUUUUCUACAGUGUGUCAUUUUUUCACAACUGAACUUGUACAUUUCUGCUAUGUUCUGAUUCUUUGUACUGUUGUAUCCACUUAAAUAAUCCUGGAUGAAUGGUAACUUGUAAAUAAAUAUUUGUUUUUUAUAUUUUA